GAACCUAAACCCACCCUACUUCAUCUCAUGGCUCUUCUUUUUCACUUCUUCCUCCUCUUCUUCUCUCUCUCCACCAGUUCCGGAGAGAAAACGCCAAACACUAGUGCAAUUUCCUUCUCAUUUCCCCUCCGUCUCUCCCCUCACCCUCCUUUGGCAACUAAUUUAUACCCUUCUUUUGUUUCCCGCAUUAAGCAAAACCCAGGAACCAGACCAUCGAGUUCUUAUGGUUUCAGGUCAACCUUUAAAUAUUCAAUGGCUCUGAUCGUCUCGCUCCCGAUUGGAACCCCACCUCAGACCCAGCAGAUGGUUUUGGAUACUGGAAGCCAGCUCUCCUGGAUUCAGUGCGACAAGAAGGUGGCCAGGAAGCCGCGUCCGCCGACUUCUGCUGCUUUCUACCCUUCGCUUUCCUCUUCUUUCUCCGUUCUUCCAUGUGCACAUCCCGUAUGUAAGCCCCGGAUUCCCGAUUUUACCCUCCCGACUACCUGUGACCAAAACCGCCUCUGCCACUAUUCCUACUUCUACGCAGACGGUACAUUGGCCGAGGGCAAUCUCGUCAGAGAAAAAAUCACAUUUUCAAGGUCCCGAAUUACCCCUCCCCUGAUUCUCGGUUGCGCUAAGGACUCCGACGCCGGCAAGGGCAUUUUGGGAAUGAAUCUUGGACGGUUGUCUUUCGCCAGCCAAGCUAAAAUUUCCAAGUUCUCAUAUUGCGUGCCCACCCGCUCUACCAGAUCAGGAUCCACACCGACCGGGUCAUUUUAUCUCGGAGAAAACCCGAACAUAUCCGGGUUCCGGUACAUGGACCUUUUGACUUUCCCUCAAAGUCAACGAAUGCCGAAUAUGGAUCCACUGGCUUACACCGUUCCGAUGCACGGAAUCAGAAUCGGCGGUAGGAGGCUGAACAUCUCGGCUGCAGCUUUCAGACCCGAUGCAGGCGGGUCGGGUCAAACCAUGAUUGACUCCGGCUCCGAAUUCACAUACUUGGUAGACGAGGCGUAUAAUAAAGUAAGGGCGGAAAUAGUUAGACUAGCGGGGCCCAAAUUAAAGAAGGGCUACGUGUACGGUGGAGUGGCCGACAUGUGUUUUGAUGGUGAUGCGGUGGAGAUCGGACGGUUGAUAGGGGACAUGGUGAUGGAGUUUGAGAAAGGGGUGGAGAUUGUGGUUCAAAAGGAACAUGUUUUGGCUGACGUGGGAGGUGGGGUCCAUUGCGUUGGGAUCGGACGGUCAGGAAUGCUUGGGAUUGCAAGCAAUAUAAUUGGCAACGUUCAUCAGCAAAAUCUAUGGGUGGAGUAUGAUCUGGCCAAUAGGAGGGUAGGAUUUGGUAAAGCCGAUUGUAGCAAAGCAGUGUGAGACUGAAUCAGCAGGCAAAUGCCACGUGGGAAAUGGAAUUAUGUUGUAAAUUAUAUUUUGAAAUGUUAGGAAAGUUUGAACCGUAACUUUUAAGUCUCGUGUAUAUAAAAAAGAAUGAAAAUAUAGAUACAUAUCUUAG